AUUAUCACCCGGUAGACCGAACUACCCUUAUUACCUAGUUGGAAUAACGAGACUGCCUCUCUGUCUCUGUCCGUACCUGAAUCUUCAGAGUUCAGAAGCAGACAACCCGAGGCACCUUCUUUCCCAUUUCCCAAACGGAAAUUCAACUUUCAAGUUUCAACUCACAUUACAUAUUUUACAUAACACAAGUACAUAAAACAACGUAAUUAGACCCAUUCUUCUCUCAGCCAUGGCACUCACUGUUAAAAAAUUAGCAAUGUCUCACCUCGUGUCCUUGAACAAAAUGGACUGUAUCCGUGCUUUAUCUCCGUGGACUAAUGGCACUAGUCGUUGCAGCUUCUCUGUUGGCGCUGGCCAAACUGGGUCUGGUGAUUCCUCUGAUACUUCUGAGGAUGGUGCUGGAGUACGUUACCAAGAGUUUCAAAGAUGGCAUAAUGGAGGUGGAACUUUCCACAAGUCAGCUUGCAUUGACCCAACAGCACUAAUAGAGAUGGGUGCCAUAGUUCAUCCAAAAUCUGUUGUUGGUGCAUAUGUUCAUAUUGGAUCAGGAACUGUUAUUGGACCUUCUGUUACAAUCGGCCAAUUGACAAAAAUAGGGUAUAAUGUUGUACUCACUAAUUGCACUGUAGGUGAUUUGUGUGUAAUCCACAAUGGAGUUUGCAUUGGUCAAGAUGGGUUUGGGUUUUUUGUGGAUGAGAAUGGGAACAUGUUGAAGAAGCCUCAGAUGCUGAAUGCUAGGAUAGGGAACAAUGUGGAGAUUGGUGCAAAUACAUGCAUUGACAGGGGGAGUUGGAGAGAUACAGUAAUUGGGGAUCACUCAAAGAUAGAUAAUUUAGUUCAGAUUGGUCAUAAUGUAGUUAUUGGGAGAAGUUGUAUGCUUUGUGGACAAGUUGGGAUUGCGGGUUCAGUGACGAUAGGAGACUACGUAACUUUGGGGGGAAGGGUAGCUGUUCGGGAUCAUGUUUCCAUUGUAUCAAAGGUCCGGCUUGCUGCUAUUAGCUGUGUCACCAAGGAUAUCAAAGAACCUGGAGAUUAUGGUGGCUUCCCAGCUGUUCCAAUUCGUGAGUGGCGAAGACAAGUUGCUACCCAAUUCCAGACUUCAAAGAAAAGGGUUCCUUAAGUAGGACGUCUAAUGAUAUGCUGUUCUGGAUUCGGUCUGAGACCCAACUGGAUGCCACAAAGGUUGUCCGACUCCUAAUAGAUGUCUAGCUUGUUAGGCACUUCCUUGCUUAGUGGUAAAGAACUGUACUUGGCAUUGAAUCUAGAUCUGUGGCAAAUUUUAUAGUAACUUUGAGUUUAUGGAAACUACAA